AUGUCGUACUUCCUUCCAUCCUACUUCCAAAAGCGACUGCUUCGAUAUGCCCUCACUCGCCUCGACUUCCUCGAAUCCGACGAACUUGAUCUUGAUAACCUUGCCCUGACCUGGGGUCAGAGGACCGUUGUCGAGCUACGAAACGUCGGCAUCAAAGUGAAGCGGCUCAUAGAUAUCCUCCAGUUACCGCCUACCUUUGCCCUGACGCAUGCUUCGAUCAGACUCCUCCGUCUCACGCUCCCCGCAGAUCUACACAUCUCCGGCAUCGAAGUCGAAGUAGAAGGCGUGGAGAUACUGGUUGGAGUUCGUACAGAUGGACAAACGGAAACAUCUCGUUCAAAGGAAGAAUCCGCACCCAGCAGGACAGACCGAGCAAAUCUGCCCCGGUUGUCUUCGCCUGCGGUUCACGACCCAGGCGGCUGGGCUUCCCAUGGCCGUCAGGGAGUAUCUCUAGAACUGUCUCAGGUCAUCCCGACCUCGGAAGAUCUGGCCACAUCGUUCUUGAAGGAUGAACCUCCCGAUGAAAGAGAGGAGCUGCAGGCGGCACUGGAGUCUCAGUCUCAAUACAUGCAAGAGUCGGUAACGUUCGCCCCGGGAGAAGACGUCGGGCUGGGCAUGCCUGGAGGGCUAUCGCUGCCUACUUUUGUCGCCAAUUUCUUUAAAGGCGUGGCCGAUCGCCUAUCCAUCAAAGUGAAGGACGUCAGUGUGGUUCUGGAGCUGGAACUUUCGCCGUCGGAAGGUGUUCCCACGGAGCAGACAAAGUUCAUGCUUUCAAUUGCGAGGAUCUCGGUAGACCCAUUGACACAACCAGGAAACAUUAAGGAUGUCCCAGAUUCGCGGCGGUCGGUCACGGUCGAUGAAUUACAUCUGUUUGUCCUGUCCGAAACAGAGACAUUCUCGGAGUUUUCUGGUUUCAGUUCCCCGAGACAGGGUCGGUCACGCCCCAGACUAUCGCAGCCGCGCGCUCACAGCGAUAUUAGCGACCAGGUGCGUUCCAGCAGCGCCAGUCUGAGUCGACACUCAGAACCGUCCAAGGUGUCAUCUCCACUGAGCAACUCCACGUUCGGUCUUGGGCUCAACGAUGCUACCCUUUCCGAGUUCAAUUCGCUCGAACAGAGACCGAGAAGAAUCCCGGUUCGGCAGCGGUCGUCCGACGACGGGCGAGUUGACAAUAGAGCACAUGCACAGGAAUUUCUGGACUCGCUACAUGAGGACAGUGCUGAAGAGGCACCCUCCGAAGAUGCACGCUCUGAAAAUCUGGCGGAAUCGAGAGUGUACACUCACGAUGAAGCCGAAAGCAUGUACAUGAGCGCUGUGAGUGGUCAGGUCAAUAUGCCCGGUGGCUGGGCCUGGCCAGACGCUGCCACGGAGAGUCAACAGAACCGUGACACCGUACAAACUACGAGCAAUACUGAUAAGGAUGUGGAACCCGCAGGCCACACAUAUGUUGUUAACGAAGAGAACGAGGAGGCAGCGGCCCCUCAGCAGCCCCGGUCAAGUGUCGAGCGCGAGGAAUCUAAUAGUGAGUCUGUUCUUGGAAGCCGCCUCGAGUCAUAUUUCCGCACCCGGAUCCUGCGCCUGGAUACCGUGUGUUUGAGGAUUCCUGAACCGCACCAUGAAGCGCAGUCAAGCGAACUACAGUCAGGAAUGGCCCAACGUCCUUCUCGUCCCGCCGCGCUCCAUCAGAGUCGCUUGAGUGCCGAAAGAGGUGCGGGCAGCACAUUCCUUAGCGACUCUCGCCUUCAUGGUCUACGGUCUGCACCACAAGCUCGACCUACUGAGAGAUCAAAGGACACCAUAAGCGUCGCCGUAGGAGAGAUAGCGAUUGAUCUGGAUAUAGUGGUCUGCAAGGUUUUGGUGAAAGCUGCUCAAGCGAUCUCUGAGGCACUUCCCACCACUGCUUCCGGCUCCCAGUCGUCGCCUUCCAAGCCCAACGGCAACCCUCUUUCUUUGACAGUCCAACGAGUUGACUUCAACUUUUAUGAAUCGGUACCGAAGAAGCCCCCGGCUAAAGUGGCUGUGCAAGCAAUCGAGUCGAUAAUUGGCCCUGACCCGGCUCUUUUGAACUUGUCCUUCGCCAUGGUAGCAUUUACACCGCUGUCUGGACCGGAAGGCGCCCAACGCCUGUCGAUUUCCAAGAUCCUUAUGACCCAUGGUGCAAAGGAAGUUCUUUCCUUUGUGGACUCGGUCAACGUUCGCGAUUCAAUAGCGUCCAGCUCCAUGUUGAGACCGCACGACUUUGUGGCAACAGUCUCUCGAAACCGCUAUGACGUGCAGUUGAAACCUGUUCACGUCGUGUUAGACCUACUGGUCAUUGACGAUGUCCUCAGCCGUAGUGGCGGACUGAGUUCCUUACUGGAUCUGGGGAAUUCGAUCAUGUCGACCAACACCGCGAAAGGGGCAGUCACCAAGCCGGUCGCCGAAGUGGCUCGAACACGGACUGUCCGGUUCAACGACCCUCAGAGGAGACCUCGAGCGGAGAGUGAUCCGUUGUCACCGCUACCCAAGGUCGAUAUUCGUAUCUCUGGAUCCGUAAUAGACCUGAUCGGCUCGGAGUCUACGGUCCAAAUCAAGACUUCGGCCAUUAAGACCGUCUACCGCGAGAGCAACGUGAAAUUGGUCAUCGAUGGUGCCGCUAUUGAAGGACCGCUCCUGACCGAGUCCAAGUCCCGUGGAGACAUUUAUGCAAAAGUCCGCAACAUCGAGGUGCACUACUCGAACGCGCCAAAUGACGAUGAUCUGGAUCGACUCCUCUCUUUGCUUACCCCUUCCAGUGACAAAUACGACCAAGACGACGAUAUCAUGGUAGAUACUCUACUCAGACAGCGUCGUAAAGGCGGAGUCUUGCGACUGACUAUCGGCGACCUACAGGCUGGAGCCGACGGUCUGCGCUGGAUCCCACAUCUCACGAAGGUUGCAGAUGAAAUUUCGAAGCUCUCCUCAGUCACCAAAUACCUCCCUGAGGACGAUCGCCCGGGCGUUCUUACUUUUGCACUAGUCAAGAAAUUCGAUUUUCGAUUCGAUAUCGACAAAGAGUUUGGUCCUCUUCGCCUGAAAGCCAACCUCGUCGAGGCGGCCCACAUCAGUGUACCGUCUCUCGCGGCAGCGCAAAUCACAAGCUGGACUCUUUCACGGAGCGAUAGUGAUGCUUUGAUCGGUGAGGUGAUCUCCCAAGACAGAACUAUCAUGGGGCCCCCUAUGUUCAUGUGCCGUUUCAUCGCAGAUGAAAUGGAGCCCACAGUGCGACUGAAGCUUUCCAAUACUUGUGCGGAAUACAAAGUGGCGACACUGGUUGCCUUGCUUUCAAUAUUUGAUCGUUUCAAGGCCGGUGAUGCCACUGGUCAGCAAGGUCCAGUCUCACAGCCUGCGAGUCCAACAUCUUCGGGCAAUGGAGAUGCCAGCAGCCUUGCGAGAGACAUCAGAUUCUCUGUGUCAUUUCGUGACUCGGCUAUCGCACUUAAUCCAGAUCAAGUGCCGGCAAGGGGUCUUUUCGUCUUGACCGAUGCUGUCGUCCGCCAUGAGAAAUCGAAACACGGGUCGACAAAUAACCUAGACAUCAAGAAAGCAUCUCUGCUUAUCAUCGACGACGCUGCAACAAUCGGUCAAGAUUCUGCCAAUGUCGAUCAUAAGCUUUACUUUGAAGAGAAUGAUCAGAUUCAGCAAUUGACCAAAGCUGGCUUUGUUCCGGUCGGGACGAUGUCAUCUGCUUCAGCUCUAGUCCAAGUUAUUGAAGACAAGGUCUCGGGGCAGACUCAGCUUGACGUUGAGUUCCGCAACAACCUCCUCUUCCUUGAGACGUGCGCCGAUUCCACUCAGACCAUGAUACAAAUCCUAAGCGGACUGGCACCUCCUGCACCGCCUUCCAAGGUCGCUAAGUUCCGGACAGAAGUGGUUCCGAUCCAGGACAUGCUAGCGUCCUUCACAGGCAAUGCUUUCGUGUCCGAGCCAGGGCCGGAGCUCGGCCUUACGGCGUCGAGGGAGACGAUUGUUGAAGGGAUGUCCGGUUUCGAAGAUGACUACGACGAUGACGAUGAAGAGACACAGUAUAUGACGAAUCUGUACGCAGAUGCUGACGAUGCUGACGAUGAAAUGACUGCAAGUCAUGUGGAAUCCGACCUAGGUCAGUCAACAAUAACCGAAUCCCUCCACAUAGCACCGGUCGACGCCACGGGCCAGAGUCCCGACGAGAUGAACGAAAGCGUCAUGAUGCAUAGCAUGCUAGACUUCAGGACGGACCAUUUUGCCCCAAAGACAUCGGUUGGCGGCACCGCGCAUCGGUGGAACUCGACUCAAAAUACAUAUGGUCUUGCCAGUGAUACGGUGUUCGAGCGGGCUCCCGUCAAGGUCCGAGUUAGGGAUGUUCAUGUGAUCUGGAAUCUUUUCGAUGGGUACGAUUGGCAAGCAACCAGGGACACAAUAUCUCAGGCCGUGAAGGACAUCGAGAACAAGGCCAUGGCAAGACGACCGCGAAGCAGCAAUCGAAACACUGCAGCGGAUGAUGAGGACGAGUCUGUGAUUGGAGAUUUCUUGUUCAAUUCCAUCUACAUUGGGAUUCCAGCAAACAAAGACCCCCGGGACUUGACGAAUGCCAUCAACCACGACAUCGAUGAUAUGAUCAGUGAGACCGGCAGUUAUGCUACUGGUACCACGGUGACCGCCGCGACCUCUCGCCGUCACUCCGGGCAGAUCCCACGUCAGAAGAGACUCAAACUCAGUCGGAGUAAGCAUCACAAAAUGACGUUUGAGCUCGAAGGGGUAUCCGUGGACUUUGUGGCGUUCCCACCAGACAGCGGCGAGGUUGAGAGCUCUGUCGACAUUCGAGUCAAGAAGCUGGAAGUGUUCGACCACAUCCCCACGUCGACCUGGAAGAAAUUUGCUACUUACAUGCAAGAUGCUGGGGAGCGCGAAGUGGGAACUAACAUGGUCCACAUUGAACUCCUCAACGUAAGGCCUGUUGCGGAUCUGGCGGCGUCGGAGAUGGUGCUCAAACUGAGUGUGCUACCAUUGCGGCUGCAUGUCGACCAAGACGCCCUGGACUUCAUGAGCCGAUUCUUUGAGUUUAAGGAUGAACGCAUCCCGGUUUCCACGGGCCCCUCCAAUCCGCCGUUUUUACAGCGGGUGGAAGUGAAUGCCAUCCCCCUCAAGCUUGACUUUAAACCGAAACGGGUGGAUUAUGGUGGCCUCCGUUCUGGUCGCACCACCGAAUUCAUGAACUUUUUCGUGCUUGACCGUGCAGACAUGGUGUUGCGCCGAGUCAUUCUGUACGGGGUGUCCGGGUUCGAACGUCUCGGGAUCAUGCUGAACAAUAUCUGGUCGCCCGACGUGAAGCGCAAUCAGUUGCCCGGAGUUCUUGCCGGACUGGCUCCGAUUCGGCCUCUGGUUGAUGUGAGCAGCGGAGUACGAGACCUCAUCACCGUGCCGAUCCGAGAAUAUCGCAAAGACGGUAGGAUAGUUCGAAGCAUUCAGAAAGGAGCCGUGGCGUUUGCCAAGACGACCGCUACCGAGCUGGUCAACUUCGGGGCGAAACUGGCGAUUGGCACGCAGCAAGUACUCCAGAACACCGAGGGUCUUCUCUCCACUCAGGAGCGCAAAGAAGAUCCUGAUGGGGACGACGAGGCAACCAAACACAUUUCGUUGUACGCAGAUCAACCUAUCGGCAUUACACAAGGAUUGAGAAUAGCGUACGGAGCCCUGGAACGGGAUCUGCUGAUAGCCAAGGACGCGAUCGUGGCCAUCCCCGGUGAAGUGAUGGCGAGUGGCAGUGCCACGGGAGCAGCAAAGGCCAUAUUGAAACAAAGCCCGACAAUCAUCUUACGCCCGGCGAUAGGAGCCUCGAAGGCGGUCGGGCAGACACUGAUGGGGGCGGGCAAUACGCUGGACAAGAAGAAUCUUCGGCGGAUCGAUGAGAAAUACAAGCGGCACUGA